AUGAGCAAGACCUCGUCCAGUGGUGACAUCGGCGACCGGGACGUGCCAGCAUUAGUAGAGGCCAACGAAGUCGCGGAGUCGUGGCUACGCCAGUUGACGAACCUUCCGCACUCGUCUUGGCUGGGGCCCAUCAGUAUCCUGCUGCGCAAGCUUCCCCUCGCGUUAGAGCAUUCGGGUGGAAAUCUCGGCGAUCUCGUGGAUGCGGACCUAUGCGCCCUCGAAGCGCUGACGCCGCUCCUUGCAUCACUCGUGCGCCGACGUCGCAACGAAGCAACGUCCACCUUCCUUCUCCCAUCUGAGAUCCUCGCGGAUGUCUUCCUAAUGGUUCGCGACCUGCACAAGCCGGAUUGGCGAGACGACAGUGCUACGGCGAUGCACUGGAUACGAGCUUGCACGCAUGUCUGCCAUAGGUGGAGAGAGAUUGCAUUAAACCUACCUUUUCUUUGGACCAGGAUAGAUUUCAGCCGCACAUCGGAGGUCAUUACACUCCUUAUGGUAGAGAGGGCUGGCGCUCAACCCUUUGACAUCUGCAUCAAUCGACCUAGCCUUGGAUUUCGCCAAUUCGAGCUACUCGAGAACCUCCAGCUUCCAGUGCAGAAUAUGGACUUGAACCUCAGGUCAGACGCGAACAAUAUCACGAUUUCUACCUUCACGCAUGAUUCUCCCUUUACUUCCGCCCUCACUUCUCUGAAGCUUGCGGCACCUGAUUGUAUAGGACCCUGGGGCUAUGACAGAGAAGACGGCACCAUGGCAUACCAGGACAGAUACCCUCGACCCGCCAUGGUUGAUAUCUCUUUACACGAGUGCAGCUUUCCUGCUCUUCGCGAGCUGGUGCUCACGGAUUGCACGAUCUUCCUACGGCAUGAAAUGAUCAACGCCGUGCCCUUCCCAUGCCUGGAGAGGCUAGUCGUCGAUUGCCAUCGCAUUCGGAAGUACAACUACCCCACGCCCAUAGCGCUUGGGCACAAUCGACCAUUGCUGGCGGACCUCUUCCGUCUGACGCCUCUUCUACGGGAUCUAUCUCUGUCGAAACCCUUUCCGGGCCUAUUCCGCGUACAAGCCUAUCACCCCGACCUGCCGCCCAUGCACCUUCCACCGUCUCUGACGCGCAUAUCUAUUACGUCCAAUCACGAACUUCGCAAGAUGGACUUCUUCAAUGUCGUCCGCCAGCUUGGCCUGGUCAAUGUGCCACGGCUCGAGCUAUCACUUCGGAUCUCUAGGGUCGAUCGUCGCGCGUAUCGUAUGCGCACGUCCCGAAUGCGUGACGUACUGGUAUACUUGCAGGACCAGAGGGACAUCGAUGCAUUGCACAUCGUUGUCUCGCCUUCAUCCUUUGGUAAAGUGCCAUCACAGCGCAAUAUGGUUAUUUGUGCCCUACCACGUCUUAACCUCGAGGGCGUUCGGGAUGGGGCCAUGACACUGGGACUGGAGGAUUACCCGCGCGAUGACCUAUUUUACGAGGUCAUGAAUUGCCUUCCACCUGGCUGGGAUGCACGCAAACAGCCGAAUGGCCGAGUGUACUUCGUCGAUCACAACACCCACGCGACGACCUGGGACGAUCCCCGUUCCAUGCCGUCUUACAAGCGUCCGCUAUCCUCCGUCGAAUGCAUCAUAUACGAAACCUCCCCGCAUUGGCAGCUCCGGGCUACUCCGGAGUGGUGGCUUCACAACUUCCAAGAGGCUCGCGCUGUGCGCGAGGUGACUUUGAAGGGCGGGUUUGAUAGUGCAUUUGCACUUGUGCGUGCGCUCUGCACUACGAGUGACGCUGGUCAAGCACUCUUCCCAAACUUGCGGAAGAUCUCGAUAGAGGACAGAGACGGCAAUGGAGAAGGCCAGACUAUCGGCUGGCGUCGUGUGCGGACUCUGGAGCGCUGCCUUUCCCGCCACAAGAAUCUGAGUGGUGUUGCGUGCAUUGGGACGCUAUCCUUACCCUCCAGGUUUGGAAGCACGAAGUGGGCGAAAUACCUACACCAUCACGUUGAUUGUCUGCAAUUCCAUUCGCAUGUAUGA